AUUUGAGUGAACUUCCGAAUUCAAGAUGGCGCAACCACCUGAUUAUCCAACAGGACCUCCAAAUCCAGCUUCAAGAUCACCUUUUGGGAUGCCACCUGGCAUGCCUGGAGGACCACCAAGAUUUAUGCCACCAAUGGGACCAGGAGGGCCAGAUAUGAAUGCCCCUCCAAUUAUGCCACCAGUCAUGCCUCCAUCAGGUUUUCCAGUUCCACCUGGAGGAAUGCCACCAGGAGGAUUUCCACCAGCAGGGAUGCCACCUGGAAUGCCACCAAUGUUUCCUCCAGCAGGAGUAAACCCAGCUGUGGCAGCUGUAGCACAGACAGGUUCAGCAUCUAAUUCCCCUGUGUCUGGUGACGGUAAACAGGAAAAGAAAAGUGUGUGGUCAGAACACAAGGCACCAGAUGGCAGAACAUACUAUUACAACUCUGUGACAAAACAUUCCAGCUGGGAGAAACCAGAUGAUCUUAAAACAAAGGCAGAACUAAAGCUAUCACAGUGUCCAUGGAAGGUAUAUAAAUCUGAUACAGGAAAAGUUUAUUAUCACAAUACAGAAACAAAAGAAUCCAGAUGGACUAAACCAAAAGAAUUGGAAGAACUAGAAGCUAUGAGUAAACAAGACAAAAAUACAGGCCAUGAAACCACAACAACAGAUUCAUCAGCAAAGUCAACUACUGCACCAAACCAGCCAUCAAAACCAUCAUCUGCCAUCCAAGCAGCAAUGGAAGCUACACUAGCAUCAAUUGAAUUACCUCCCCCUAACUCAGGGAUAACACAGCCAGCGGAGACGGCUGACACGGCAGAAAGUUCCAGUGAAAGUGAAGAAGAAAGACCAGUGAAAAAAGAACAAGCUCCACUUGUAUUUAGGAACAAAAAAGAAGCUAUGGAAGCAUUCAAAAAUCUGCUUCGUGAUAAGGGUGUGUCAUCUACUGCAUCAUGGGAACAAGCUCUUAAAGUGAUAGUAAAUGACCCUAGAUAUGGAGCUCUCAAACAGCUGAAUGAAAGGAAACAAGCAUUUAAUGAAUACAAGACAAAGAGGGCAAGAGAAGAGAAGGAGGAACAGAGACUUAGAGCUAAGCAGAACAAAGAAGAUUUAGAACAGUUCUUAUUGAGUUGUGAUAAGAUGAACUCUAACAUUAAAUAUUGGAAAGCAGAUGACAUGUUUGGUCACCUGGAUGUAUGGGCCAAUGUUCCUGACAGAGAUCGCAGGGAUCUAUUUGAUGAUGUUAUACAUAUGCUUGCUAAGAGAGAAAAGGAAGAAGCCAAAACAUUAAGAAAAAGAAAUACAAAAGUGUUUGCUGAGAUUUUAGACAGCAUGCCUAAUUUGACAUACUGUACAACAUGGUCUGAAGCACAGCAGAUGUUACUAGAUAAUCCAAGGUUUACAGACGACCCAGAUUUACAUAAUAUGGAUAAAGAAGAUGCAUUAAUAGCUUUUGAGGAACACAUAAGAAUGUUGGAACAAGAAUAUGAUGAUGAAAAAGAACGUGAAAGACGCAGGAUGAAACGACAGCAAAGGAAAAAUAGGGAAGGUUUUCUGGUAUUACUGGAUGAGUUACAUGAACAGGGAAAACUAAAUUCCAUGUCUUUGUGGAUGGAUCUUUAUCCAAUCAUCACUCAAGAUGUCAGAUUUACAAAUAUGUUGGGACAACCAGGUUCCACGCCUUUAGAUUUAUUUAAGUUUUAUGUUGAAGAUUUGAAAGCAAGAUUUCAUGAUGAAAAGAAAGUUGUUAAAGAAAUAUUACGAGACAAAGGUUUUAGCAUUGAUCUCACAACAUCAUUUGAGGAUCUGGCCUAUGUUAUAGCUGAGGAUAAAAGAGCAAUUGGUUUGGAUUCUGGAAAUAUCAAACUCACAUAUAACAGUCUAAUAGAAAAAGCUGAGGCACGAGAGAAAGAAAGACUGAAAGAAGAGGCAAGAAAGUUGAGAAAAAUAGAGAGUUCAUUUAGAAACCUGCUGAAAUCUGGUCCAGCACAGAUAGAUGAAACUUCAAGAUGGGAAGAUGUUAGAGAAAAAUUAGAGAAGGACUCAGCGUAUCAAGCUGUGACAGUGGAGUCUGAAAGGAUUCGAUUGUUUAGGGAAUAUCAACAAAUUCUGGAGGAAUCCUGUAGUCAUCACCAUUCAAGAAAGAAAAAAACAAAAAAACAUAAAACUAGACGUUCACGGUCAAAAUCCAAAUCACAAAGUGAGUCUGAAGCAGAAACAGUAUCAUCUUCAACUAGACACAGAAAGAAGAAAAAAGAAAGAAAACAUAGAUCAGAAUCCCGUUCAAGGUCACCUAGUUACGUCUCUGAAUCAGGAUACAUGGGCAGGAGAGAAGACCUUUCUGUCUCUCAAAGCAGUGAUAAAUAUCAUGAAAGGGAUGACAGUAAAAAGAAACAUAAAAAGAAAUCUAAAAAGAAGAAACAUGUAUCGAGAUCUCCGUCAAAAUCAAGUUUGAGUGGUGGUGAAGAACAUUCAAGAAGAAGGAAAAAAGACAAAAAUGAACCGGAGACAAGAAAAGAAAAGACCAAUGAUUGGGAGUCUUCAGGUAGUGAUCUCAGUGAGGGAGAGUUAGAGAAGAAGAGACGACUUUUGUUACAACAGUUGGAGGCUGAUGCUUGAACUAUUUUAAUGAUGUGCCAUAGUAUAUGGCAUGAAAGUCUUAUUGGAGGCAAAAACAGUGUCAAUGGUUUUAGAAUAUAACAUAAUUGUGUUCAGAUCAAUUUCUAUAGAAUAUGGAUAAGACAGUUUUAUGUACAUCAUCAUCAAUCACAUAUUUUUCAUUAAAUUAUCAUGGGAG